UGCAUUCAUAACAACAGUAGCGCGCUUCGUGUGCUUACAACACGUACGAACUUUUAAACCGCGUCUCCUCAAGUUCCUCUCUUGUUUCUAGUUUUCAUAGUGUUCAGUCGGUGUUUCAUAAAAUUUGGAUUAAAUUAGACUGAUUCAAACAUGGUCUAGCGUUAAAAAAUGAAUAAAUGAAAACUAAGUGGACAUUGUCGUCGUAUGUUUCGCGGUUUACUCUGGGCAGUCUUCGAUAAAAUGUAAACGGAGUAACGUUGCUUCGCGGUUUCGUGCCAAUUUUUGUUAUUGUUUGUUUGGUGAUCAGUUUGCGAAAUGGAUACGUCGAAACUCCAAAUAACGUCUCCUGCGUACACAAAUCAAACUCAAGGUGAUGAGGGGUCUUAUGGACCUGAGGGGUUGGUGUUACAACAGCAAUGGGUUACGUUAACUGCAAGCAUGUGGCCUAAACCAACCGCCUCUCCAAGAGGCUGGAGAAUUCCGACAGAUCGUUUACCGCUCCUUGCUGCCGUUUUUUGCGGAGCCGCACUAGUUGUCUGCUUGAUAUUUGCUUUCGUUGUCUACCGCUGCUGCAUCAUGCCUAGGAAAGAAAAACAUUACUGUAUGCGAAAAGCAGAUGGAAGUAAUAUUCCCAAUGCUCACAUUUCAUCGACGAACGGUCUUCCAUCAUACCCAAGUCAAUCAGCUGUGUAUGCAGAACCAAAGGGUCACAAUUGGGGCUACACUAAUCGCCUCGUUGCUACAAGCUCCAGUGCACAAUGGUUUCCGAAUCAGCAAAUCGUUACAUCGCCUCAAUGUACCCAUUGUCCCGGCAUUUGUCCAGUUCCACGUAGCAGCAGCGUUCCAGGUUCUUCUCCACAAGUAUCCGUUAUAAGAAAGCAACGACCAGUCAGUCAACCAAUCACUGGAUUGGUCUUGGACAAUGGUACUCUUUCCAAGCAAAUACCAAUGCCAGAAAUAUCCGAAUUUUCAGCUCAAAGUACCCAGUACGCUUCAAGCAGUAUUUUAGAUGAGGUUAGUGGCAAGGACUCAGAAAUAUCGCCGUCGACUACAUUAAAAACUCGUAGUCUUCCUGCGUGGGUCCGAUCUAAGCCUCGACCCCUAUCAACAGAAGACGACUUGAACGACCUCUACGCUAAGGUUAAUUUUAGUAAGAAACGAAAAAAUCGAAUGCGCAACGAUGAAGCCGCUAUUAUAGCACUCAGUAAAUCAAGAAGCCAAUUCCUACACAAAGACACCGAUUCUUUGGUUGACAAUGAAGCUGUUAUCGUUUACGACGAACGUACAGCCUUGUAGACAUAUACACAUAAACCAUAUCACAAUUACUGUGAAAUAAAAUAUUGACUAUACACAAAACCAUAUAAACCAUAGCAUAAGAAUAAUCAGUAGAUUGGAUACUAACUAGACAACACAGGCAAUAUUUAAAAAUAAUUUCUAAAAAAAUAUUUUAUUUCACUGUAAUUU